AUGUCUACUUUAUCCGUGGCCGCCAAAGCCGCCUUUCUCCCAUACUCGGCUCUCAUUGCUGCCGAGUUUCUCGCUGCCGAGUCUCAGCCCGUCCCCGCUGUCACCUACGUAGAUGAGGCUGCUGUAUCUUCUGACAAGAGCACCGUCGAAUAUGUUUCUGAGGGACAAACCGUUACCGGUGAAGAGGCCGUGUUGGGCGCCAUUGCCCUGAAAGUCUCGUCGAUCUCUGGAUCCGUUGACGCCAGCGCAUCUUGGGUGCAAUUCGCAUUGACAAAGUUGGCCAACAAGAACUUCAAGACCUUGGCUGCUGACUUGGAGAAGUUGGACGCACACUUGAACUUCCGCUCUUUUGUGGUCGGCUAUGCUGUCUCUGCUGCCGACAUCGCCGUGUGGGGUGUGUUGCGUGCCAAUGCUGUGAUGGGCUCUGUCCUCAAGAACGAGGUCUACAUCAAUAUCUCCAGAUGGUACAACUUCCUUGCCGCCGACCAACGUUUCGAUGUUGCCGAGAAGACUAGCCGCGCUAUCACCGAGAUGCGCAAGGCUGCUAAGGCUGCCAAGGGUGAGAAGAAGGAGACCCACAAGGCUAACUUUGCCAUUGACUUGCCUAACGCCAAGGUGGGCGAGGUCGUCACUCGUUUCCCUCCUGAGCCUUCUGGAUACUUGCACAUUGGACAUGCCAAGGCUGCCAUUUUGAACGAGUAUUUCGCACACGAGUACAAGGGUAAGUUGAUCAUCCGUUUCGAUGACACCAACCCAUCCAAGGAGAAGGUCGAGUUCCAGGACUCCAUCAUCGAGGACUUGGCACUUUUGGGCAUCAAGGGUGACAGAGUGACCUUCUCUUCCGACUACUUCGACCAAAUGUAUGAGUUGGCCCUCAAGUUGAUCAAGGAUGGCAAGGCUUACUGUGACGAUACCCCAUUGCUCACCAUGAGAGAGGAGAGAAUGGUCGGUGACGCUUCUGCUAGAAGAGAAAGAUCCGUUGAGGAGAACUUGAAGAUCUUCACCGAGGAGAUGAAGAACGGUACCGAGGAGGGCUUGAAGAACUGUCUCAGAGCAAAGAUCGACUACCAAAACCCAAACAAGGCUUUGAGAGACCCUGUCAUCUACAGAUGCAACUUGACUCCACAUCACAGAACUGGAACUCAGUGGAAGAUGUACCCUACCUACGACUUCUGUGUUCCUGUGGUUGACUCUAUUGAGGGUGUUACCCAUGCCUUGAGAACAAAUGAAUACAGAGACCGUAACCCACAAUACGAGUGGAUCCAAAACUCCUUGGGCUUGCGUCAUGUCGACAUCUGGGACUUUGGCCGUGUUAACUUCAUGAGAACCUUGUUGUCCAAGAGAAAGUUGCAAUGGUUUGUCGACAAGGGUUUGGUUGGCAACUGGGAUGAUCCAAGAUUCCCUACUGUCCGUGGUGUCCGCAGAAGAGGUAUGACUGUUGAGGGUUUGCGUAACUUCAUUAUCUCUCAAGGUCCUUCCAAGAACAUCAUCAACAUGGAGUGGUCAACUAUCUGGGCUAUGAACAAGAAGAUCAUUGACCCAGUUGCUCCAAGACACACUGCCGUUGACGCUGCUAAUGCUGUUGUUGUUUCCCUUGCCAACGGUCCUGCUCAGCCAGAAGCCGAGCAAAAGCCUAAGCACAAGAAGAAUGCUGAGAUCGGAAACAAGACGGUCUUGUUUGCCAACUCUGUUUUGGUUGACCAGGCUGAUGCCGCCUCAUUCCUGGAAGGUGAGGAAGUCACCUUUAUGGACUGGGGUAACGUUAUCAUUGACAAGAUCCACAAGUCCGGUGAUGUCGUGACUGGCAUUGACGCUAGAUUGCAUUUGGAGGGUGACUUCCGUAAGACUGAGAAGAAGGUUACUUGGUUGGCUAACACAGAUGACAAGAUUAAGGUUCAAUUGGUUGACUUCGACCACUUGAUCACCAAGGACAAGUUGGAGGAGAACGACAACUUUGAGGACUUCCUUACUCCAGAGACUGAAUUCAAGAGCGAGGCCUUUGCUGACCUCAACUUGAAGACCUUGAAGCAUGGCGACAUUAUUCAAUUUGAGAGAAAGGGCUACUACGUCGUCGAGAAGCCAUACAGCGACUCUCAAGAGAUGGUCUUGUACACUAUUCCAGAUGGAAAGGCUGCUAAGAAGUAA